CUGGUGCCGGUAUUUUUUAUUUGAAAAUACUGUGCUGGCUGGUGCCUUAAUUCAUCAAGCAGAAAUCAAGAGACCAGAUUGUCUUAUUCAUCAAGUUAUUGUAAUAUUAAUGCAGUGCUGUAACGUUAGGACGAUAAAACUAAUUGCAUCAUGGAUAUUGUACUGAAUGUAUUGGAUGCCAAUCUACUCACACCAUACAACAUCUAUCCAGAAACAUGGUCAGAGGACUACUGGCUUAGGCAGGCCCUAAGCCUAUUUGUAGUUGUCAAUCUUGGAGGCGCCAUCCUCUAUUUUCUAUUGGCUGGCUUCAGUUACCUCUUCAUCUUUGAUCAAAGACUGAUGCAGCAUCCAAAAAUUCUGAAGAAUCAAAUCAGAAAAGAGAUCAUGUACACACUGUGGUCUAUUCCUUUCAUGGGCAUCCUCACAGUAGUCAUGUUUAUGCUAGAGGUCAGAGGUUACAGUCGGCUUUAUGACAGCUUUAGUGAGAGUCAACUUGGAUGGUUUAGUUUGCCACUGGAAGUGAUGUCCUUUCUGUUCUUCACCGACAUGUGUAUCUACUGGAUCCACCGCUGGCUUCACCACCCCCUCGUCUACAAACACCUUCACAAGAACCAUCACAUGUGGAAAGUUCCCACUCCGUUUGCUAGCCACGCGUUCCACCCCAUCGACGGGUUCCUGCAGAGCUUCCCAUACCACCUGUACCCGUUCUUCUUCCCGCUUCACAAAGGGGUGUACCUGACCAUGUUUGUCUUCGUCAACUUUUGGACAGUGAGCAUCCACGAUGGCGAUUACCGCGUCCCAGAAACCAUGAAGCCGUACAUCAAUGGUUCGGCCCACCAUACGGAUCACCAUCUCUUCUACAAUUACAAUUACGGUCAGUUCUUCACCUUGUGGGAUAGGCUUGGAGGAUCCUUCAGGAAUCCCUCUGCCUUUGAGGGUAAUGGCCCUCUGGAAGAUGUCAUCAAGAUGGCUAGUAAUGGCUCUCUUUCGUGUCAGACCAAGGGGAAAUCAGAGAACCCAAGUGUCCAUCUCGAAUCCAAUGGUUACAACCUCAGAAAGCGCUAAGCGAUCACUUAACUGGUUCAUGAUAGACAUUUUGAUGAGCUAAAUCGGUUUGCUUUUUUUUCACUUAUUGAAGCUGGUACUAUAUCUUAUUGAUACAUGUAUGUCACUGUCUCAAUGAAGUUCCUGGACUUGACUUUGGUUUUGGGUCUCUUUACAAAGUGUUUUGAAAUGCCAGCUUUGUAUGUUUAGAAAAAAAGAAAGAAAAAUCAACUUGAGCCAUCUUCAAAUCUUCUUUCUGGCAACAUACAUUUUGUGGAAUUGUUCAUAAAUGUUCUGUUGAUUAUGCAAUAUUGUUAAUAUAUGGAUAUUUAAUGAAUAUUUUGAGGAAUAUUUUGAAAAGCAAAGAUAAUAAUUCUUCAGUUGUUUGUCCUGAAUACAUCAUGUAUAUAUGAAUAAAAUUCAAGCUAAGUUAUAUAUAGAUAUAUACAUGAACAUAGAUGUGGUUGCAUAAAAAUGAGACACCGUAUACAUGUAACU